UUUAUAAAAGAAAACCUUUAAAAUAUUGCCAAAAUAAUUGGGUUCAUAUUUUUGCAAUCUUCCAUAUAAAUAAUUUUCAUUUUCUUUCUCUUUCUCUAUCAAUCAAAAUUUCAUACCCAAAAUACGUUUACAGAAGAAGACGAAGACAUCACAAAUGGCGUUAUUUCUCUGUCAAACUUCUCCAAUUCCAAUUUCUCUCUCCUCAAAUUUGUCUGCAAUAUCAGCAACAUUUUCAUCAAAACCUCGAUUUCUAUGUCCCAAAUUUGGCGAAACGACGCCGUCUGCUUCGUUCAGUCGACCCCUUUUUGCUGUUCAAUCGAUCAACCAAAAAUCCCAAUCUUUUUCUUCCUUCAGUGAGGUAAUUGAGGGUUUGAUUAAUCGGACUGAUUUGACGGAUUUAGAGGCUGAAUCGUCGUUAAAUUUCUUGCUUAAUGAUCCAAAUGAAUCUCUAAUUAGCGCUUUUCUUGUAUUGUUGAGAGCUAAAGGCGAAACCUUUGAAGAAAUAGUUGGAUUGGCAAAUGCAAUGAUGAAACACUGUAAGAGUGUGGAGGAUUUGGGGGAUGUAGUUGAUAUCGUUGGUACCGGUGGUGAUGGUGCCAACACCGUGAAUAUCUCCACCGGUUCCUCUGUAUUGGCCGCCGCUUGUGGUGCGAAAGUAGCCAAGCAAGGGAACAGAUCAAGCUCUUCAGCUUGUGGGAGUGCAGAUGUUUUGGAGGAAUUGGGGGUUGCCAUUGACUUGGAACCUGAGGGAAUAAGAAGAUGUUUAGCUGAAGCUGGAAUUGGUUUUAUGAUGUCGCCAACUUACCAUCCUGCCAUGAAGGUUGUUAGACCUAUUAGGAAGAAGCUAAAAGUUAAAACAGUGUUUAACAUCCUAGGUCCAAUGUUAAAUCCAGCUCGAGUACCUUUUGCCGUCGUUGGUGUUUAUUCUGAAGAUAUUGUAGGCAAAAUGGCCAAGGCUCUUCAACGAUUUGGCAUGAAGAGGGCAUUGGUUGUACAUUCAGAAGGACUAGAUGAAAUGAGCCCUAUGGGCCCGGGAGUGAUUCUUGAUGUGACUCCCGAUAGAAUAGAGAAGUUCUCUUUUGAUCCAUUGGAAUUUGGCAUUCCUCGUUGUACUGUAAAAGAUUUGAGAGGAGGAGGACCAGAGUACAAUGCAGAGGUAUUGAAGCGUGUUUUAGGAGGAGAGACUGGAUCUAUAGCAGAUGCAUUUGUCUUGAAUGCUGCUGCUGCUCUUUUGGUCUGUGGACAAGUUAGUACCCUUGGUGAUGGAGUAGCCCUUGCUCGAGAAACGCAACAAUCUGGGAAAGCCCUAAAGACAUUGCAGUCAUGGAUAGAUGUAUCAAAUAAAGUGAAAGAAGCUACUGCAAUUGUGGCUUAAUUCUCCACCAGGCGCCCAAAUCUCCUUGAUUGAGGAAGCAUACUGUAGAUUAUCUAUAUAGAGUUGUGUUGUGUUUUUGCUUUCGAGUAUGAUCUGCAUCUCACCAUACCUAAAGUUACCCGGAAAAUCACUCCGCCUUUUUUGGUUUCCUUAUUGCAAGUCCUCUGAUGAUUUGCUUGUGCUUGGACUCUUCCGUUAGUUUCUCAGUAGGAAACUCAUACCAAUGUUGAUUAAGUGUACAGUUCUGUAUUUACAGAGAUUCUCAUUUUUGUAACUCCUUAGUUAAUAAGAAGUCUCGAGUGAACCAUUUUAUACAUCUGGAAGUUAUUUUAUUGAUGAA